AUGGGACAAGAUAAUGAGGCUGAUCAAGAAGAAAUGUCUUCAAGAAUGGCUGCAGUUCUUGAGGUAUUCAAUAAUAAAGUAGAUGAAAAUCUCUCUCUGGAAGAGGAAGCUGAGAAGAGGUUUCUAAUUCAGGAGCUCUUGGCUUAUAUGGAUGAGGCAGAAAAUAAUGAGAAUAGGGUAGGAGAUAUCAUUCCUCUCCCUGCCAAUGACUAUACAGUAGCUCAGUCCCAGCUGGGAGAGGAUGAUGGAGAGGGAGUUAUAGUGCCCCAGCAAAUAUUAGGGAUAAAAAACAUAUAUGACAGUAAAAAAUUUCCUGACUGCGCUAGAGAAGCUAAAACUAAUGGGCAUGGAUUGAAGGUGGGUUAUUAUCACCAAACAUGCCCCGAGGCCGAGGAGAUCAUCAGUGAAACUGUUGCCAAAGCUGUUAAAGAGAAUGCUGGAGUAACAGCUUCUCUCAUUAGGAUGCAUUUCCAUGAUUGCUUUGUAAGAGGUUGUGAUGGAUCAAUUCUCCUUGAUUCCUCAGAUAACACAGCGGAGAAGGACUCGCCUGUCAACAACCCAAGUCUGAGGGGCUAUGACACAAUUGAUGAAGCCAAGGCCAAACUGGAAGCCAAAUGUGCUGGUGUUAUUUCUUGUGCAGACGUAGUCGCAUUCGCUGCAAGAGAUAGUGCUUACCAAGCUGGUGGAUUAUUUUGGGCGGUUGAAGGCGGACGAAGAGAUGGAAGGAUAUCUCGCGAAUCAGAGGUCACAGAUAAUAUCCCUUCUCCCUCAUUUGAUGUAAGCAGAUUGACACAAUUUUUUGCUUCAAAGCAAUUAUCGCAGGAGGACAUGGUCACUCUCUCAGGGGCCCAUUCAAUUGGGGUUUCUCACUGUUCUUCAUUCACUGGAGAUCGUCUGUACAACUUCAGCGGCAGAGGCGGUCAAGACCCUUCCAUGGACUCUAACUAUGCUCUUCAACUCAAGGCCAAAUGCCCUACUUCGGCUUCAACCGAUAUCGUUGUUCCACUGGAUCCUGUCACUCCCACUAAAUUGGACGCGAAAUACUUCGUCGAUUUGCAAGACAAGCGUGGAUUGCUCGAGUCCGAUCAGACUUUGAUGUCAAAUGAUGUCACCUACAGACAGGUGAAUAUAAACGCCAAGUAUCCGACAAUUUGGAGGAUAAACUUUGGAAGGGCGAUGGUAAAGAUGGGUGCAAUUGACGUUUUGACAGGAUCGCAGGGAGAGAUCAGGAAACAGUGCCCGACUCUGCUUGUUAUUCCUUUGUCCGUAUUGUUUUUAUCUACAACGGCUAAUGGGCAUGGAUUGAAGGUGGGUUACUAUCGCCAAACAUGCCCUGAGGCCGAGGAGAUAGUCAGUGAAACUGUUGCCAAAGCUGUUAAAGCGAGUCCUGGUGUAGCAGCGUCUCUCAUAAGGAUGCAUUUCCAUGAUUGCUUUGUAAGAGGUUGUGAUGGAUCAAUUCUCCUUGAUUCCUCGGACAACAAAGCGGAAAAGGACUCCACUGUAAACAACCCAAGCCUGACGGGCUACGACAUAAUUGAUGAAGCCAAGUCCAAACUGGAAGCCAAAUGUGCCGGCAUCGUUUCUUGUGCAGACGUAGUUGCAUUCGCUGCAAGCGAUAGUGCCUACCAAGCUGGUGGAUUAUUUUGGGCUGUUCAAGGCGGACGAAGAGACGGAAGGAUAUCUCUCGCAUCAGAGGUCACAGAUAAUAUUCCUUUUCCCUCAUUUGACGUAAACAGAUUGACACAAAGUUUUGCUUCUAAGCAAUUAUCACAGGAGGAGAUGGUCACUCUCUCAGGGGCACAUUCAAUAGGGGUUUCUCACUGUAGUUCGUUCACCGGAGAUCGUCUUUACAACUUCAGCGGCACGGGCGGUCAAGACCCCUCCAUGGACCCUCACUAUGCUCUUCAGCUCAAGGCCAAAUGCCCCCAUUCGGCUUCAAGUAGCAUCGUUGUUCCAUUGGAUCCUCUCACACCCACUAAAUUGGACGUGAAAUACUACGUCGAUUUGGAAUACAAGUUUGGAUUGCUCAAGUCCGAUCAGACUUUGAUGUCAAAUGAUGCCACCUCCGGACAGGUGAAGAUAAAUGCCAAGUACCCAACAAUUUGGAGGAAGAAUUUUGGAAGGGCAAUGGUAAAAAUGGGAGCAAUUGACGUGUUGACAGGAUCGCAGGGAGAGAUAAGGAAACAGUGCCGUGUCCCCAACUAG